ACUGGCUGGAUAUCUUACUGCCGGAGAGCAGGCUGGGAAUCAUUUAUUGGCCAGUUUAGCUGGACAUCAGGGGCUGGCACAUCAGGCUGCGCAGCGGACAGAGGCACAUCGGGCUGGGCAGCGGGCGGAGGCACAUCAGGCUGGGCAGCGGGCGGAGGCACGUCAGGCUGGGCAGCGGGCGGAGGCACGUCAGGCUGGGCAGCGGGCGGAGGCACGUCAGGCUGGGCAGCGGGCGGAGGCACGUCAGGCUGGGCAGCGGGCGGAGGCACGUCAGGCUGGGCAGCGGGCGGAGGCACGUCAGGCUGGGCAGCUGGCAGAGGCACGUCAGGCUGGGCAGCGGGCAGAGGCAUGACAGCGGGCACCGAGUCAUCGGGCAAGUCAGCGGGCACCAAGUUACCGGGCAAGUCAGCGGGCAUCGAUUCAUCUGGCACAACAGCGGGCACCGAG